AUGAGCAAUACACAACAAAACAUUUUUGAAACACAACCAAAUGAAAAUAAUGAAUUACCACCAGUAUUAAUAAGAGCAACUAAUCCAACAAUAGAAGAAGCAGCACCCAAGAAAACAAGAAAUCAAAAAGAUAAGAUGAAUCAGUAUAUUAAAAGACAACUAAAUGAUAAUUUGAAUGAUCUUAUGGAAGAUAUUAUUUCCGAGAAUAAACGAUUAAGAAAAGAAAUAGAGAAGAUAAGAAAUAUGUAUAAUCAAGAAAUGAAAACAAAUGAAGAAAUACGAAAUGGACUAUUAGAACAAAGACUAGAAGUUUUCCAAACAAACUAUUAA